AUGCUGGCAUGGUUUUUCGGGCCCUUGGUGGCGAUGCUCUGGGUUUGGCUCUGGUGCCUCCCAUCGCUGUUCAUCGCUGCUGGAAUGUCUGCACUGCCUGGUGGAGGUCUGCCUAUGCAGGGGUUGCAGGGGUGCUUCCGCUGUGUGGUGGAGAGGUCUCGGGGGCUGGAGAGGGUGUUGUGGACUUCUUUCCUACUGAUUGGAAGCAUCACCUGUGCUCCUCAAGGAGGUAGUGACCCCACAUGGAUGUACUUGACUUCAAACCAAGCUCCAGCCAGGCCAACUCCUGAGAAACCCAGAGGACAAGCAAGUGGUUCUGGCACUUACCGGUCUCCAGGCUCUCACUACAGCAGUGGCACAAACAUCGCUGGAGCUGCUAGCCCUUCUGGUUCUGGGCCAGCACUUUACAGCACCAACAUUGCUGGGGGUUCUGGACCAACAUCUUACAGCACCAAUAUUGCUAGGGGUUCUGGGCCAGCAUCUUACAGCACCAACACUGCUGGGGGUGCAGGACAACAUGGUGCCCAGAAGAGGCAGUCUGGUGUGCCGGGCAGCCAACAGCAGGUUUCAGAGGAGAGCUGGACCUCACCUGAUGGGGAGGAGCCGGUCUUCACGCCUGUAAGUGACGAGGAUCAAGUGUACGCUUACAAGUCUCGGUCCCGCUACAACAAGAACCGCUUCCUGUUCAGCCAGUCCCGCUACACCAAAACAGAACCACUUCACCCCCAGGAGCUAGUCUUCCCAUACCCUGGCAAGACAUCUCAACAAAGCAAGGGUGGAUUCUGA